UCUGCGGUAAAAACCUUUUUGGCUUCGCGUCUUCACGGCCCGGUCCACAUCUGGGAGGGUCAACCGGGUCGAUGCAGCGACAAGACGGGAAGUGGAUGAACUUGCGCCACUAAACGAGAUAUUUUCACAGUACGUAAUGGCCUGAUCUCUUUUUGAAACCCAUCACCAAUAUCCACCAUGGGGAGGGAAAGGAAGUGUAUUCUCUGUCAGAUCGUAUACAGCUCCAAACAGGAGAUGGAUGAGCAUAUGAAGAGUAUGCUGCAUCAUCGGGAACUGGAGAACCUUAAGGGCCGGGACUGUGGCCACGAGUGCCCGGUGUGCCGGGUGACCGUGGUGAGUCUAACGGACUACGCCAACCACAUAUCCAGCAGGGUGCACAAGCAGCGCGUGGAGACGGCGGAACGCGAGGGUGCCGGGAACGACCAGGAAGAGGAGUACUUCGACAAGGAUCUGAUCAAAUUGAUCGAGACCCGGAAGGAAGUGAUCAGGAGGGAGGAGGAGGCUGCAGCAAAGCGUGCCAGAGAGGAGGAGGCGCAGAGGAGAGAGGAAGAGGAGAGUAGGAAGCGGCAGCAACAGAUCCAGAAGUGGAGUGACGCACGGCAGUACUUCUGCCAGAAGGGGGCGUUGUGGGACUGGAGAUACCCCAACAAAACCCCUCCAACACCACCACCACCACCACCUCGAAAAUGCAAGGGUCCCGCCUGGCAGGAGCAGGGGGGCUGGGACUGCAGCUCUACCCCCGCCGGGUGUCGAGGUCCCUGGGAGACCCAGGAGGACAUCAGGUUCAACUGGUACGACAGGAAACAGGGCCGCAGUGCCACCUGGCACGCCCAGGAACCACCCAACGUCUACAAGUGGAGCGCCGGACAGAGAGGCAGUGGCAGCCUGCACAGCAGGGAGGGAACCAAUAGGAGAUGGCAGCAGGAGGAGUAUCUCCAUCCCCCAGCACAGCAGCAGAGCGGAGGGAGGGAACCCUGGCAGCAGAACAGCGGAGGAGGAGGUGCUACCGGUCUAUACGGCAGCAGCAGAGGGGGUCACGGACUUCCUGGUGUGCUCGCUGACCGUGUCAUGACGGAAGGGCCGAGCAGCACGGAGUCUCUUCACAGGAUGGACUUCGCCAGCGACCAGCUGGAUCCGGUCGGGUCCUUCGACCAGCUACACAGAUACGCUCACUUCGAACCGCAGGAUGACGGCCGGAAGAGUGGACACCAGAACAUGGCCCAGGAAGGGCCAGCCGGUGGAGCAGAACACGAUCGUAAAAGUGGCUUGGGGCCCAAGGCGUUCGGUAGUAAUCCUAAACUAGACAAGGCCUGUCGCUGGUCCCCUUAUCCGUCCCAUAAGGAGACUCACCCUCAUCCUCAACCCUCAGAGAAGCACCCAAAGGGUCCUCCUCCUCCCCCAACCUUCCAGACCCCCUUGGGCCAGGGCAGAGAUGUGGAUCUGAGGCCCAGACGUGACAUAACGCUGGACCUCCACCGCUCCUCGGGUCUGAAGCCGACUCAAUCCAGACAGGACCUGCGAGCAGGCCAGCAGAGAGCAGCCCAGCAGCAGAGGUCUCCUGAUCAUAGUGUAGAAGGGAGGGAACCCAGGAAGCUUAGAGACAUCUCUACAAGGAUCAGUAGCAGUGAUAACAGCAAUAGUUUGAGGACAGACAGACAAACCUCCUCCUCUUCCUCUGGGUCCACCUCCACCAGACGGAGGGCAGCUAAACCAUCAGAGUGCCUUGAGAAAGGCCUGUCCUCCUCUUCGACUACCAGCCUCAAGACCCACCUGGGUAGGGCCUCCAGCCCCACCCUCAACCUAACUUCCAGCCCCAAGACCCACCUCAGUAGGGCCUCCAGCCCCAGCCCCACCCUAACUUCCAGCCCCAAGACCCACCUCAGUAGGGCCUCCAGCCCCACCCUCAACCUAACUUCCAGCCCCAAGACCCACCUCAGUAGGGCCUCCAGCCCCACCCUCAAUCUAACCUCCAACCCCAAGACCCACCUCAGUAGGGCCUCCAGCCCUAGCCCCUCUACCACCCCCAGGACCCAGCUGAGCCGAGCCUCCAGCCAGGACUCGGACCAGCCUAGGUUGUCCAGACACAGAAGCCAGGAUUUGGGGAGGGGGCAGGGAUCAAAAUCACCCCAGCAGGACCAGGAGCAGCUGCUGACCGAGAUGCUGAGGAGAGCCAAGGAGACACUGCUAGACAAGAGGAGCUCCGUGGAGCUGUCUGCUGUUAACAACAGGACCGAGGGACAGAAGGCAGUGUCCAACGACCAUAGGAUGGAGAAAAAGGACAGGAAGAUGGUGCUACACAUCGAGGAACAACAACAGGUGGAGAGCUCUGCUGGCGUUACGGUCGCUGACGACAACAGACAGAAGAGAGGGAAGUCGUCUAGACAGACCAGACAGGACAGAGCUAGCAGCAGAGCUAACCCAGCUGAGGACAGAGCUAACCCAGCUGAGGAUAGAGCUAGCAGCAGAGCUAACCCAGCUGAGGACAGAGCUAGCAGCAGAGCUAACCCAGCUGAGGACAGAGCUAGCAGCAGAGCUAACCCAGCUGAGGACAGAGCUAGCAGCAGAGCUAACCCAGCUGAGGACAGAGCUAGCAGCAGAGCUAACCCAGCUGAGGACAGAGCUAGCAGCAGAGCUAACCCAGCUGAGGACAGAGCUAGCAGCAGAGCUAACCCAGCUGAGGACAGAGCUGCUGCUACUGAGCCUUUAGAGACCAUGAUGGAGUUUGUGACGUCUCCCUCAGACAACCACAUGUCUGUUCAGUCUGUCCAGGUCAGCACUUCCACCAUGGAGUCCCCAGAGGGGGCUGUGCUCUCUCUCUCUCCCAGGGAGGAGGCGGUGGGGGAGAGGGAGGAGGCGAGGGGCCUGGUGGCUGGAGAGGAGGCCAUGGAAGUAGCAGACGCAGGUCUAUGGUCAGACAGUGACCCCUUGAGAACCAUCGACCCUAACCUUGACCUCCACACGACCUCUGACCCCUCCUCAGGCUCCACCCAGACCAAACCCACCCUGCCCCUCGGCCUAAAGAGGGACCUCACCCGACACAUCGGCUCCAAGACCAAGAGCGGCAGCCACGAGCCCAAUCUGAACAUAGCCCGGCGAAUCAGGAACGUGAGCGGGACGAGGAGAGGGGAGGCGGAGAAGGAUUUGGGGCUGAAGCCAACGCUAAGACAGCUCAUCAGUUCGUCGGGGUCACGACGCUGUGUCAACUGGGACCAGGUGUACCAGGAAGUCCACAGGAAGAAGCAGCAGCAGGGGAAAGGCAUGCCCAGGUUUGGCAUCGAGAUGGUGUCCUGUGACCAGGAGGGGGAAGACGUUCCUCUGGCCGAGGGGUUUCAGUGGGAGACCCUCUUCGGCCUCGGAGACUCUGGACCCGCCUUCGCCCCAGUGACUCCUCGCAAACGCAGCCUCUCGGAGAGUAGCGUGGCUCCAGACCGCUCGACCGCCAACCUCUCCUCUCUCUUCGGAGGUCAGACCCCUGGUCAGGCGAUGCCAGGAGAGAGGGCACCCGGAGAUGGGGCUGGAAGGGAAGUAAGAUGCAGCUCAGACCAGCAAAGCUCCUCGUUAUUCAGAGACCUCCAGCAGCCUAAAGUGGAGGCUACACCGUGUGAAGACAGAGCACAGAGAGAAGUACAGGGGCCACUACCAGAGGGGCCCCCAGGGGUCGAGCCGAGACCUGACUCCGUGAUAGGGGACAGCAGCUCGGGGACGGAGCAGACCGACACGCAGGGAGCCAGGAUGAAACGACGUGCUGCUGGGGACAUUGCAUGUCCUGAAAUCCCUCAUUCAGAGAGGAAGAAUAAAAGAAUGAAGGUCAAGUCCAAAAAAGAGCGUCUACAGGUGGACCAUCUCCUUGCUGUGUCUCUGAGAGAGGAGGAUCUGAGCCGGUCUCUACAAGGGGUCGACAACAGCCUGAUCCAGGCCAGGGCUGCUCUACAGGCUGCCUACAUGGAGGUCCAGCGCCUUCUAGUGGUCAAACAGCAGGUUUCCAUGGAGAUGAGUACUCUCAGAAGGAAGCGUAUUGAGUUGCUCCAAGGGAUACAAGGUGGUGUUGAGAGCCUUUCCCUGCCCAGAGUGAAGAGCUGUGAAGAGGAGAUGCCUUUAGAGAUGCCCCCCUCCCUGCUGUCGCCUCUAACAGAACCCCCUGUCGCCAGUCCCAACCAGGUUCCCCUCUACCUGCCCCCCUGCUCCACGCCCCCCUCCCUGUCCCCUAGCCACCAGACCCACCCCCAGCCUAUCACGCAGUCCGUAGUUAUCAAGCAGGAGCCCCUGUCCCCGGGUGGGGUGACCACUAAGACGGAGGAUGCGGAGAGCGCAGUGACCGUUCACCACGGCUCUCACAGCACCACGUCAGAGCCCACGCCCAUCCCUACAGCCCCUCACGCAGAUUGUGCCGCCAGCUUCCAACCGGUCCGAGGGAGGAAGUCUGAGCGUCACAGAGUCAGCAGAGAGCUCUCUCAAGAGGGCAGCAGUCUACCCGUAGGAGCAUGUGCAGAAUGGAAGGACCCCUCGGCAGGUUCACCAGGCCUGGUCCAGUCGGGAGAGAGGGGUGUUCAGGUUUCCACGGAAGACAGGGGUAACUUCAAGCCCCACCCAGCCCCACUGUCGGGCUCAUCCAGCCGCAAGAGCUCCAGAUCCGGGGUCCAGGACCUAGAAACCUCCCCCGUCCUUCCUCUGUCCCUCGCUCCGUCCAACGUGCCGCCUCAGGCGGAGGUGAAGACCAUAAAGCGCGUGAGGAAGUUGAAGAAGAAGAGGGUGCUGAGGAAGGCCAAGGGGGAGGAGCAACAGCUUGACAACAGCGACACAGAACUGGAAGCGGAGACUACCAUCUCCCGACCCGUCAGACUCCUCGGAACCCGCAGGAAACCCAACGGCGGAAGCCGGCCCCAGGUCAUCACAUCCUCCUCCACGUCCAGCCCGCCUGGAACAUCAGAGGACAGGGGAGAGCGUCCAGGACCACCGGGGUCUCCAGCCACGAGACCCGAGGAGAGGCAGGAGGACUCCGACUCCUCUCUGGAGAUGGUCGUGCUCCCCCAGGCAGCUCCAGGUGAGGUGGUCACCAUUGACACCUCGGGUCCAGAGGAUGGAGACGUGGACAUCUGCCCCCGGCCACAGCCCGCUGUCUCACCCCCAGCCCCAGACACACUGAAGACGGAGCCCCAGAAGCUGGCCUGCAAUGAGGUGACCUCCACAAGCGAGAUGGAUGGUAGCUCUGUAGGCAAGAGUGAAGUCCAGCUUCCCCCGACAUCUGUCAAGCUGUCCAAGACUUCCUCAGAUCUGUCUCUGGACGGGUCGUCGGAGCCCGGGGGGGAGGAUCUGCCAUCUGAGGGGAUGUUUGAGGGUCACCAGGAGACUGUUAAUGCCAUGCAGGUCCACAUGGGUCUACUCUAUACCUGUUCUGGAGACCGCACUGUUAGAGCCUUCAGCCUGGUGAGCCGUGAGUGUGUGGCUGUGUUUGAGGGCCACAGCACCAAGGUCAACUGUUUGCUGGUUUCUUCUGGACCAGGUCUUCAACAACGACUUUACUCUGGCUCCAGUGACCAGACUAUCCGCUGCUACAACCUCAGGUCCAGGGAGUGUGUGGAUCAGUUCUCUCUCCCAGACCGGGUUCUUUGCCUCCACAACCGUUGGAAAGUUCUGUACGCUGGCCUAGCUAACGGCUCCGUGGUCACCUUCAGCAUCAAGACCAACAAGCAGCUGGAUGUGUUCGAGUGUCACGGGCCGCGGGCGGUGAGUUGCCUAGCGACGGCCCAGGAAGGAGCUCGCCGCAUCCUAUUGGUCGGGUCCUACGACAGCACCAUUAGCAUCCGGGAUGCCAAGAGUGGCCUGUUGCUCCGGACUCUCGAGGGACACACCAAGACAGUACUAUGUAUGAAGGUGGUCAAUGACCUGGUCUUCAGUGGCUCCAGUGACCAGUCGGUCCAUGCACACAAUAUACACACUGGAGAGUUGGUGCGUAUCUAUAAAGGACAUAGUCAUGCUGUCACAGUGGUGGCCAUCCUGGGGAAGGUGAUGGUCACUGCCUGUCUUGACAAACUGGUCCGCGUCUACGAGCUACAGUCACAUGAUCGUCUGCAGGUGUACGGUGGACACACAGACAUGGUGAUGUGUAUGGCAAUCCACAAGAAUAUGAUCUACACUGGUUGCUAUGACGGCAGUGUGCAGGCGGUCAAACUGAACCUGAUCCAGAACUAUCACUGUCGGUGGCAUGGCUGUUCUCUGAUCUUUGGAGUGUUGGAUCACCUUCAGCAGCACCUGCUCCAAGACCACGCCUCUCCCAACACACAGAACCUCAAGUGUCGAUGGAAGAACUGCGAUCAGUAUUUCACCGCUCGCAACGGCUCCAAGCAGGGGGCUCCAAGGCACAUGCUGCAACAUGUUGAGGAGGAGUGGAGUGGACCAGCCCACCCCUGAGGGAGUCUGGAGUGGACCAGCCCACCCCUGAGGGAGUCUGGAGUGGACCAGCCCACCCCUGAGGGAGUCUGGAGUGGACCAGCCCACCCCUGAGGGAGUCUGGAGUGGACCAGCCCACCCCUGAGGAGUCUGGAGAGGACCAGCCCACCCCUGAGGGAGUCUCACGCUCCUAACCCCCCCCCCCCCCCCCCCCCCCCUCUCUUAAUUCCCAUAUUGGGGUGACCCAGUCUAUAAGGUCACCUGGUUGAACCUGAAUGAUGAGCGUAUCAGUGAAACAGUGGGGUGAUUCAGCUUGUUGCCAGGUGACUACUAGCCUGAAAACCAGACCUGUUUGGUGCUAACGUUCCACUUCUUGCCAAUGUUAGGCAUUGACGAGGAGUGGCAAUGAGUGGAACGAUAGCACAAAACCGACUGGUAUCCAGGCUAAGUUGACCAUCCAUACCAGAGAAUAAUGAUGAUGAAUCUGUGGGGUUUUUUUAUAUGAAAGGAGAGAUGUGUUCUAGUUCUUUUACCAACUAGAACACAUCUCUUCCUCUCCAUGGUUCUCUCAUGAAUAAAUAAACACCGCUAAAUGUCAGUUGCCUUGAACCACUGACCAAAUAAGACAAAGGAACACAGGACUGACUGACUGACUGUUCACCAAGCAAAGAAACCAGGUCUGAAAGAGUCAUUGUUAUGUUUUCUAUUCAAAUGGCUGCGAAUACGUUUUAAAAAUGAAUCCAACCCUCACUUUUAUAAAGACAAAUGUUUGCCACUGUAUGUUUUGUUUUGGAGGGACGUCGGGAUGCUAGUGUCUUGGUGUGUUUGGAGGGAAGUCGGGAUGCUAGUGUCUUGGUGUGUUUGGAGGGAAGUCGGGAUGCUAGUGUCUUGGUGUGUUUGGAGGGAAGUCGGGAUGCUAGUGUCUUGUGUUUGGAGGGAAGUCGGGGUGCUAGUGUCUUGUGUUUGGAGGGAAGUCGGGAUGCUAGUGUCUUGUGUUUGGAGGGAAGUCGGGAUGCUAGUGUCUUGGUGUGUUUGGAGGGAAGUCGGGAUGCUAGUGUCUUGUGUUUGGAGGGAAGUCGGGGUGCUAGUGUCUUGUGUUUGGUGGGAAGUCGGGAUGCUAGUGUCUUGUGUUUGGAGGGAAGUCGGGAUGCUAGUGUCUUGUGUUUGGUGGGAAGUCGGGAUGCUAGUGUCUUGUGUUUGGUGGGAAGUCGGGAUGCUAGUGUCUUGUGUUUGGUGGGAAGUCGGGAUGCUAGUGUCUUGUGUUUGGAGGGAAGUCGGGAUGCUAGUGUCUUGGUGUGUUUGGAGGGAAGUCGGGGUGCUAGUGUCUUGUGUUUGGAGGGAAGUCGGGGUGCUAGUGUCUUUGUUGCGACUCUUCUCUUGGUUUGUUUUUGUCACAACCUCUUUGGAUACAGCUGUGAUUCACUCAUUCAUCAGACUUGGCUAGCUUUAAUGAUGUCAUGACCUAGAUUUUUCUGGGACAUAUUUCGGUGCAAUGGAGUGUAAAUUCAGGCGUUUUAAGAAGUAACAAUUGUAAAAAAAAAAUAAAAAAAAAUGGUCUGUUUUUGAGAGUGAUGUCUCAUUUUGAUAAACUUGUCACUAGACCCCCCCCCCCCCCCCUCACUGCCAUAUAUUUUUCUUAGUUUAUUUUAACAGGGGUUUUUAUCUUAGUCUUGAUCUUAUUCUUUCUGGCAUUGAGUGUGGUUGGUCCUUGAUAUUUUGGUGUUUGUUGAAGGACAGUGUAAAGUGUCUGAGAUUGCCAUUUGAAAAUGUGGUUUUGCAGUGAUGAGGAACUGAGAGACAUACUAGUGUGUGUGUUCUAGUGUUGGUUCUAGAAUGUUUUCUCGUGUCGGUUCUAGAAUGUGCUGUAGUGUCGGUUCAAGAAUGUGCUCUAGAAUAGGUUCUAGAAUGUGCUCUGGUGUCGGUUCUAGAAUAUGCUCUAGUGUCGGUUCACUGUGUUCCAAUGCGUGAACAGGCGUUUAUGAUGUGUAGUUGAUUUGUCAUCACUAAAGACAGACGUGAGAGAAAUUCAAAAGAAUCACUGUUUGUUAGUUUUUUUUCCUGAAUGAGUGAGUUUGUACUUACCAGUAAUUGUUGGAUAUUGCUGUGCAUCUUUUGUGGAACUCCUACAGUAUAUGGGUGUUGUUGUUUAUUUAAAAAAAUAGGGUGUGUCUAUUCCACAGUAAGUAAGGGGUUUGUUUUGAAACACGGCUGUUUUGUUCAGAGAUGUAGAUGGUACAGAGACGGUGUGUUGAGGGGUUGAAGAACCCAGAGGAACAGAAUCAGGAUCCACACA